AUGGCUACGACACAUGUUCUAGACCUCUCCAAUCCCUACUUCGAAAAUUACAAGCAGAUCCUGUCUCCUGAACGAUAUAACAAGAUUAUUUGUGACCAACUGGAAGCGGGCAUUAUCGAAAGGGUACCUGAAACAAGCGACUCCAGCAACGAAAAAACACGCAUCAAUUUCUUACCCCAUCACCCAGUUAUCCGAAGGGAUAAAGAUACCACCAAAGUUCGUGUAGUCUACGAUGGCUCGGCAAAUGGCUCGAAUGAUGAAAGAUCGCUCAAUGAGACCGCUUGGCAGUAUACUGUCCCGGGGUAG